AUGAACAGUAUUCAACCUCAAAAGUCCAUGAAACAGUACAAAUUAGAGGAGAGCAAGAACGGAUCUCCAAAUGAUCAGAGGAGGGAUCAGAUCUCUGGACAGUUUCUAAACAACAACAACAUAACCACAAUUGAGGAUAAAGCGUUCAAUGAUUUGACAAAAUUAGAGAAACUAGAGCUGCAUGAGAACAAGAUAGCGACUAUAAGGAACACCACAUUUGUUGGUUUGACAAACUUAAACCAAUUGAAUAUUCUUAAUAAUCCUUUUGACUGCGAUUGCAAGUUGCAAGGCCUUAUUGAUUUCGUCAAAUCUGGAAGUGUCACUUUAGCCGGAAAUCCACGGUGCCUCACUCCUGAGAACUUAAAGGGAACUCCAUUAGUCAGUCUAUCAGCAGCAAACUUGACCUGUCCUGACAUAACCACUAUGCCCACAACGAUCCAUGAAACAGAAAGCGAAACAAUAGACGCCACAACGGAAUUCAUGAAAACAACUUAUGAAACCAUGCCCAAUUGCUCACCUUUACAAAAAGGGAACAGUUUGGUUGUAACGCAUUUGUAUCUAUGUUUGUUUGUUAAAACCAUGAUUGAGCUCUAGUAUAUAUAUGUAAUGCGUGAAGUAAGAGUUCAAGCUCUGGCGACUUGAAAUGACAUGCUAUGGAGUAUCGAAUAAGUUGCCAAGAGACGUAAAAUAUAAAUAUACAGAUGGCAGUAAUAUUGUAGUACGUCUGUACAUGCAUACGCCUAUAAAUAUUGAAAGUUGAUAUACAGGUAAGUUAGUAAGGUAUAUGUAUUUAUGCAUAUAAACUAAUUAAAACACAUAAAUGCUUGACCGGAUAUACAUGUACAAAGAAGACUAAAAUUUAUUGUCUAAAAAACUUAAUUGGUAGCCACAAAUUGUUAUAUAGCC